UCGAUACUCAACACAAGUUUACAAGAAUUAUUCCAGCGUUUUUUUGAACAUCUAAGUUUGAUGAGCUGGCACGAUGGAUGAGUUUGCAACAAUUAAGUCGAUCCAAGGAUAUGAAGCCAUUCUGAAUACUGUACUUAAGAACCAGAUUAAAAUACUGGUGGAUCAGCUCUAUGAACAAACUGGAGAAGAAGCAUUCCUGUUAACGGCCAGUUUGAAAGAGGGAACGUUCUCCUACCUGGGGUCCAAGUAUGGAAAAGAUUUCCUCGAAAAAAAUAGCAAGUUUAAAACAGAGUUCUUUGGAUAUUGUCUGAGUGAACAAAAGAAGUAUGAAGACACACUACCAAUUCUGGGUAAAAGAAAACUGAACUCCACACCAAACAAACCCCCUGUGAGGUUCAAGAAGAUGAAGAUCUUUAGCACAGACCCUACUGCUCAAGAGACCUCAAUGGCCACAUCAACUGUACAAUCCCAGCUGCAGUCCCUCAGUCCACUCAAAGCUGUACCCGUUGCAUCAGGCAUGCCUCAGGAAAUUUUGACAGUGAUGCCCCAACCAGAUGGAACAUACUCUUGUGUAGAUAGCUUCUACCUUGAAAAUUCAGAGACAGGGGAUGGAAUGCAGUUUCUUGCAGUGCCAAUUGAGGAAGGUGGUGAUGAUAAUGAAAAUGAAACCCACGACGAGGAACAAGAGGAAAUUGAACCAUUUGUGCCUCUUGAAAUGGAGGAACACAUGAAGGUCUAUGACAACGUCGAAGAUGUGAAUAAAGCCAUUAGAGAGUAUGAAAUACAGACUUCUUCCCGAUUCUCUGCAUUCUCGUCAACCAAAAACUUUGGAAAUUCAGCUUUACCAUCUGGAAAAAAGAAAUUUAACUACACAAAUUCAGAAGCACCCUAUACAAUACUUGGCAAGAAAGUUCUGUAUUGUCAUCUUGGAAUUUUGAAAGGGGACCGAAUUAAGGGAUUUAGAUCGAAAAAAAAGACUCCUAAAGCGGACCAUGACAAAUAUGCAAAGAAAGAUGGUGACGACAAUGAAGGUACGAAAACUGUUAAGGAACGCCAUGUGGGUACGAUCACAGAAAAGUGGGGUUGUCGGGCAAGAAUUGUCAUCAAGGAGGUGCUGACGUUUCCUCUUAUCGCAGAAUGUGAAUACAGGGCCGAAAAGAAGAGGGCAUUGCAAGAGUUUAAGAAUAACAUGGAAGAAUCCGGACAACGGAAGUUCUUUACCUUUUUCCCAGCGACAAACUCCCAUUCUGAACAUCCCAAUGCUAACAGUGAGAGAAUGGAUCCAAUUCUGAUCAAGAAAGUCGAAGAGUUGGUAAAGCAAGGCAUCACGGACAAUGACGAAAUUAAGCAACACUUGACAGAGUUUGUGCACGCAACAAUUGGACCUAAUGUUCCAAGAAAUAAUCAUCGGUUCUUUCCUUUGCAAAGGAUACUUAGAAACCAUAUAAGGAGAUGUGAGAAUCAGUUUUUGGGACCAAGACCUAAACCAGUUCGACCACAAUCAGCGAGAGUUAGAAAGAGGAAGAAGCAGCAAUCUUCUGUGGUUGACACGUUAGUGCCAAAUGUGCCCCGUGAGCAGGACUUUCUGGUGUUUAUGCAGUAAACUGUGAUCUCUAGUACUACUUGUGUGCUUGAUUUGUGACAGUCAAGAAAAAAUAACCAAAUUCAACAUGUGUAAGAAGAAAAAGUAGAAGAAUUUUAUUUACCGGUAGCUACAACCUUACAGCCCAGGGUUUCUAAAAGUUUGAAAUCUCAGUUAAACUUGUACAUUUUUAUCAACAUUUAACUAUUUAUAUAUUUUGAUCAGUUUGAGCAUAAAUUAUUAUUAAAACGCAAUAAUUCUUAAACAUGUUAAUGGCUAUUCCAGUAACACAUAUAACCCACGGGGGAAAGGCAAUUAUUUUCGAAGCAUAUGGGUGGGUGUCUUUUUUUCACUAAUUUGGACCCCAAAAGGGUAAAUUUGCUUCUUUAGGGGGUAGAUAUAAUUCAAAAGUGCUGCAUUCCCCCAGGUUGUUAUACAUUUAAAUGUAAUAGUCCAAACAUGUAAGUAGGGUGUAAAAGAACCAAGGUCUUAGAGUGGUAAUUAUUUUCCAUUUAUUUGUAUUUUGCUUUUCAUUUUUCUGAAAUUAUGCAAACGGGGGUCAUCAUUUUCAGCUCAUCUGUUUGGCGUUGUUGUUUUUAUUCAAAGAAAACAAUGUGGUAUCAUCAUAGCCUUAGUGUUGUUAUUGUUGGCAGCAUCUUAGGACAACAACAAAAAUCACCAGCAAUGAAUCAAAAGCUGUUAAUUAGAUCAAACUUGGUACACAUUCUGCAAGUGACAAUGUGUACAUGUACAGUAAGGCUUUCAAGGGGCUAGGAACCAGAUGAUUCAUUUGCAAGAGAAUAAGAAAUUUGUCAAAAGCUUGACAUUAAAAGUGACAUUGCUGUGUACAUCCCAUUGAAUCUUACUUAUGAUGUAUCACAUUGCUUACGACACUCACAUCUUUCGCAGUUUUUGCACAUUUUGCCAAUUCGAAAUUUACUUUGGUUGUCUACCAUGUAAAUCCCAGUAAAUUUAAAUAUAAUGUCGGUAUAUUGAUCUAAACUCAUAAGCGGAUAUGAUUUAAACUGGGAAACCAUAACAUGUUAUUUUUAAAGGGGGAAACACAGAUGAGACUGCAACAUGAUUGUUGCAUUUAUUACUUUAACCAUGUAAAGUGCCAUCGGCCUCUUACUAGCUCACAUUGACAAUUUUAGGCUUGUUUUAAGGAAACACUGCAUUUGCCAAUAUUUUGACUAUCUGGUGACUGCAUUUGCCACUAUUUUGACUAUCUGGUGACUGCAUUUGCCUAUAUUUUGACUAUCUGGUGACUGCAUUUGCCUAUAUUUUGACUAUCUGGUGACUGCAUUUGCCAAUAUUUUGACUAUCUGGUGACUGCAUUUGCCUAUAUUUUGACUAUCUGGUGACUGCAUUUGCCUAUAUUUUGACUAUCUGGUGACUGCAUUUGCCUAUAUUUUGACUAUAUGGUGUCUGCAUUUGCCUAUAUUUUGACUAUCUGGUGACUGCAUUUGCCUAUAUUUUGACUAUCUGGUGACUGCAUUUGCCUAUAUUUUGACUAUCUGGUGUCUAGCCCCUUAAAUAAUUAUUCAGUUACGACCUUUUUUACUAAAAAAUGCAUAACAUGACUAACUGUUGCACUCCUAUUGUUCUCUUAAGAUAUGAUUUCUUCUUCAUUUGAAAUUGCAUGGUUAUUGCAAGUUAAUUACUUAAUGUACAUACCAUAUUUACAUAAUGGGCCGAUUGGUCAGAACUUUGUUAAAGUUGACAUGAUUAGUGACGUUGUUGUUAACUUUUAAACACAAACUAUUUGAUGAUAUGUUCACUUAUUUAAAUAUGAACAAGAACAGCUGAAACAAUUGUCAUUCAUCUUGUUAGAAUACUGAAGAUCACAAGUGUGUCCAUUAAACUUCCAGAGCAGUAAAUAUAUAAAAGUUAACAACGAUGACGUUAACAACAUUGUUGACUUUAAUGAACUUCUGAACAACCAGCCCAAUGUCAGUUAGAAAGAGUUUUAAUCCUAUUAUUGUAUUGUGAAAACUUUAAUUUAGUAUUUGCAAUGAUGUUAUAUUCACUCAUUAAAUUGAAUUGUUAAAAGAGGGACAAUAUAGAUCACACAAAAUAAGUUUCUUUGAACAAGGAAUUGUUUCAUUGUUAUGACAAACGGAGCAAUAUAUAACAAGACUCUUUAAUGUGUAUUUUAAUCGUUCGUUUUUUUGUUAAUCGAUGAUUUGUGCAUGUAAUGCAUGUAUGUUCAAUAAAAAGUAAAUUUGA